AUGCGGUGUAGGAACAUGUUCUUCUCAUUUAAGGCAUCUCUUUGUGGCUCUGCGGCUGCCACCGGCCCGACUUUGACAGCUAUUGGCUGUACCCUGAACUGCAGUUGCCAAAGUUUCAAACCAGGGAAAAUAAACCACCGCCAGUGUGAGCAGUGCAGACACGGAUGGGUGGCCCACGCUCUGAGUAAGCUGAGGGUCCCCCCUCUGUAUCCAACAAGCCAGGUAGAGAUUGUCCAGUCCAACGUGGUGUUUGACAUUAGCAGCCUCAUGCUGUACGGGACCCAGGCCAUCCCCGUUCGCCUGAAAAUCCUCCUGGACCGGCUCUUCAGCGUGCUGAAGCAAGACGAGGUUCUCCAGAUCCUCCACGCCCUGGACUGGACCCUUCAGGACUACAUCCGAGGCUACGUGCUGCAGGACGCGUCGGGAAAGGUGUUGGAUCACUGGAGCAUCAUGACCAGCGAGGAGGAGGUGGCCACGCUGCAGCAGUUCCUGCGUUUCGGGGAGACCAAGUCCAUAGUGGAGCUGAUGGCGAUUCAGGAGAAGGAGGAGCCGUCCGUGCUCAUCCCGCCCCCGACCGCGAACGUGGACAUCAGGGCGUUCAUCGAGAGCUGCGGCCACAGGAGCGCCAGCCUCCCCGCCGCCGGGGACAAGGGCAGCCCCCCCAGUGUGCACCCCUUUGAGAGCCUCAUCAACAACAUGACUUUCAUGCUGCCUUUCCAGUUCUUCAACCCCAUGCCUCCCGCCCUGCUAGGGUCGCUGCCCGAGCAGUAUGUGCUGGAGCAGGGCCAGGACCCGAGUCCGGACCCCAGACAGGAAAUCCACGGACCCUUCCCCGACAGCGGCUUCCUGACUUCAAGCUCCACACCGUUCCAGGUCGAGAAAGAGCCGUGUCUGAGCUGUCCUGAUGCUGUUACUAGCAAGGAAGACAGCGCCCAUUUAAGCGACUCCAGCUCCUACAACAUCGUCACUAAGCUGGAAAGGACACAGUUGUCCCCCGAGGCCAAAGUGAAGCCCGAGAGGAACAGCCUCGGCACUAAGAAGGGCCGGGUGUUCUGCACGGCCUGCGAGAAGACCUUCUACGACAAAGGCACCCUCAAGAUCCACUACAACGCCGUCCACCUGAAGAUCAAGCACAAGUGCACCAUCGAGGGGUGUAACAUGGUGUUCAGCUCCCUGAGGAGCCGGAACCGCCACAGCGCCAACCCCAACCCCCGGCUGCACAUGCCGAUGAACAGGAACAACAGGGACAAGGACCUAAGGAACAGCCUGAGCCUGGCCACCUCUGAGAACUGCAAGCGGGCAGGGUACACGGCAACGUCUCCAGGCUGCAGGCCUCUCCCUGGCUGCCCGGGUUCAGGCGAGGAUCCCAGGGGCCCAGCGGCCUUCCCGGGCGUCGGCCAGAACGGCGUGCUCUUUCCCAACCUCAAGACAGUCCAGCCGGUCCUCCCUUUCUACCGCAGUCCGGCCACUCCAGCGGAGCUGGCCAACACGCCGGGGCUGCUGCCGUCUCUCCCCCUGCUGUCUUCCUCGAUCUCGGAACAGCUGGUUUCCAACGCAAUGCCAUUCGACGCCCUUCCCAAGAAGAAAUCCCGGAAGUCCAGCAUGCCUAUCAAAAUAGAGAAGGAAGCUGUGGAAAUAGCGAACGAGAAGAGGCACGCACUCAGCUCGGAUGAAGACAUGCCCCUGCAGGUGGUCAGUGAGGAUGAGCCGGAGGCCUGCAGUCCUCGGUCGGACAGGGCGCUGGAGGAGCAGCAUGCACCGCCGGGGAGCCUAGGAAAGCCUCUCCCUGAAGGGCAGAGGCCCUGCCAUCUCCCAUCGGUGAUCGAGCCCAGGGGGGCCGUCAGCCGAACCCCUGAGCAGGCCACGCACGACUCGGAGACGGAGCAGAAGCCAGACCUGACCGUGGUGCCAAGGGAGGCGGCGGAUGGUGGCCGGGACCUCCGCCUCGCACCUGGGAUGGAGCCCUGUGUCCCCUUCCCAGACUACAUCAGCCUGCAGCAGCGCCUGCUGGCCGGGGGGCUGUUCAGCACUUUGUCCACCAGAGGAGUGGCCUUUCCUUGUUUCGAAGAUUCUAAAGAACUGGAGCACCCGGGUCAGCACGCGGUGGCGAGGCAGAAGGAAGAGAGUCGCCACCAGUGUGACAUCUGUCAGAAGACCUUCAAGAAUGCUUGCGGCGUGAAAAUGCACCACAAGAACAUGCACGCCAAGGAAACACACGUCUGCACGGUGGAGGGCUGCACGGCCACCUUCCCCUCCCGCAGGAGCAGGGACAGACACAGCUCAAACCUAAACCUCCACCAAAAGGCUUUGACCCAAGAGGCCGUGGAGAGCAGUGAUGAGCAUUUCCGGGCAGCUUACCUCCUCAAGGACGUGGCGAAGGACGCCUACCAGGAUGUGGCUUUCACACAGCAAGCCUCCCAGACGUCUGUCAUUUUCAAGGGAACCAGUCGGAUGGGCAGCCUGGUUUACCCCCUGGCCCAAGUCCACGGCGCCGGCUUGGAGAGCUACCGCGCGGGCCCGCCCAGCGAGGGCACCGUCCUGGAUCUGAGCGCUACCUCAAGCAUGAAGUCGGAGAGCAGCAGCCACUCCUCGUGGGACUCGGACGGGGCCAGCGAGGAAGGCACCGUGCUCAUGGAGGACAGUGACGGGACCUGCGACGGCCCGAGCCUUGGGCCCGGGGACGAUGAGUUCCCCAUCUGUGUCCUGAUGGACAAGGCCGACCAGAGCCUCGCCGGCCUGCCUUCUGGGCUGCCCAUAACGUGCCACCUCUGCCAAAAGACAUACAGCAACAGAGGGACCUUCAGGGCCCACUACAAAACCGUGCACCUCCGCCAGCUGCACAAAUGCAAAGUGCCGGGCUGCAACACCAUGUUCUCGUCUGUUCGCAGUCGGAACAGACACAGCCAGAACCCUAACCUGCACAAGAGCCUGGUCACCUCUCCAAGUCACCUCCAGUGACGAGAUCGGAUGAGCCUGUAUCACGUUGCAGGAGGAAGGUCAUCCAAAGAUACGUGUCUGACUUUGUUUGAUACCAUAUGGGACAAGCCAAGCAAAAGGUACUGGUGCUGACUUUCUAGUCUUCCACAGCAGGAUGGGCAACCAACACGCCUUGUGAGACAUUGACCGUGGGGGCAGCUUUUCCAAUUAUUUUUCUUAACCCAAGGCAUUUUUCAGUGACAUGACCAAAAUGUGCAGAAAUGAGGCCGCCUCGCCCAGGUUUGUUUACACCCCCCCCGGGCGAUGGCCAGGUCUGCGGGGCCCAGGCCUGGGGGGCAGUUUGGAGUGAGGCUGGCAGGAGGAAGGGUCAGCGGAGUGUCCCCGGGGAA